GAGCCGCGGGGGAUUUUUUUUUGUCCGUGUCUGCGGGUGGUUGAUUUUCGAAUCGUCCGGCCGUGGGGUGGAAUAGAGCGUGUGUGACAGACAGACCGAGAGAGUGAAUAGAUUAGGAAGAAAAGGAAGCGGGAUUAGAAAGCAGGGUUGAAGGAGGACGGAAUUCGGGCGGCAGGGAAGGGAUCCCGAGACCGAGUUGCGGCUAACGGACGUUUGUGAGAGGCGGGCGCCGAGGCAGCGAGAGACCGCGAUGGAGGCCUGCAGCCGCUACCAAGUGCUGCAUAAUGAAGAUGAUUCUCCACAAACAUCUGAUGCAUCACAGCCAACUGUUCCCUCAGAGUCUCCUCAAACAUCAACUGAAACUGACAUAGCCCCUCCACCUUACAGCAGUGUCACAAUGGGAGCAACUGCAUCAGCCACAGAAACUGAUCUCCCCAAUGAUCUUAUGCCAGUGCCACCCCCUUACAGUGUUGCCACCUCCCUGCCAACAUAUGAUGAAGCAGAAAAAGCUAAAGCUGCUGCAAUGGCAGCUGGAGCAGCAGAACCUGGACAGAGAGAGGAAGACUUUCCACCAAGAGAUGACUUCAAUGAUGCUGACCAGCUGAGAGUAGGCAAUGAUGGCAUCUUCAUGUUAGCAUUUUUCAUGGCAUUCCUGUUUAAUUGGAUUGGCUUUUGUUUGUCAUUCUGCCUCACUAAUACCAUAGCAGGCCGUUAUGGUGCAAUCUGUGGGUUUGGAUUGUCUCUGAUAAAAUGGAUCCUGAUUGUACGGUUUUCUGAUUACUUCAAUGGUUAUUUCAAUGGUCAAUAUUGGCUCUGGUGGAUAUUCCUUGUUCUUGGACUACUGCUGUUUUUCAGAGGCUUUAUCAACUACCUGAAAAUCAGAAAUAUGUCUGAGAACAUGGCUGCAACACACCGGACCAGACUUUUCUUCUUGUACUAGAGUAUGUGGCUAAUGAGGAACUCGAACAUUCCUUCCUAAUGUGAAUUGUCCAGAUGUUGCGCUUCAAGCUGCCAAGUUAUUUGAAUGUAAAACUACUGAAGAAUAAAUAAUUUAAGGUGUGACAACAAAAUGUAAGCAGAAUAAUGAAUCUCAAGACACUUCAUAAAAUGGGCCGAGUUCCUGAGUUGCUAGAUGCUGGAACCUUCCCUUCAAAUUUUAAGACCAGUGAUCUUUACAAUGUAAAAAGGUUCUAAUCUACAAAUUGCUACAGAAGAAAUAUAAUGGAGCUGUUCUUUUGAACCCGGAAUCAUCAAUCAAACAUUGACAUCGAAAUAUAUUUGUGACUGAAUAUCCAAAAUGUUUCACAAUCCCACCUAACCAGUUGAUAGAUUUGAUUUAAAGCAAACUGAUAUAUUUCUCAAACUAUUUAAAAUAAUUGAGCUUUAAAAGCAGUCUUUUUUGUCUCAUUAAAUUGGAAAUAUCUGAAGAACAAAAAUGUAAUUUACUGGAAUUAGGAUGAGAGUUGUAUUAGAUAUCUUGAUAUGCCUUUUAAAAAUUGCAGAACGAGUAGUUAUUCCCUUAUUUGUAUGGUUUUCUGCUUUUGAAAUUGUUUUGAUUGCUUAUUCUCAGUGUCCAGUUCUACAGUGACUAUUGCAUGACAUUAAACUGGUAACAACAAUUUCUUUAUUGGCUUUACUAUUGCUUCAGAUUGCUUGUGAAAUAUAACUGGAAUUUAAUUUUAACAUUGUGGUUGUAAAUUACUUUUUACACCAAUUAUUUCUUUGUUCUCUUUUUAAAGUAAUCUAACAAAUCAAAUGAUGGAGUUAAAAAGGAUUGUUCAUUUGAUUCUGUGCUGAUUUUCUUUUCUUUCAAAAAUUAUUUGGAAGCUAGUUUAACAGAAACAAAGUAUAAAUAAUGAAGAAAGUCAAAGUCCCAUUUGAGGUCAGUGAUGUUGACUUCAGUUAUGACUUUGCAAAGAUGUAUAAAACAGUAUCCGGCACUUGUAAAAGUUUGAGGAUGAAGAAUAAAUGCUGAUUUAAUAAUUUGA